AUGCUUUCGGCCGCCGCGCAGAUCCUGGCGUUCGUCCUGGCGCUGCUGGGCACGCUGGGCGCCACGGUGGCCACGCUGCUUCCCAACUGGCAGGUGAGCAUCAGGGUGUGGUCCAGCAUGGUGGCCCCCAUGUGGCACACGCGGGGGCUGUGGAUGGACUGCGUCUGGUACGGGGCGGGCGUCUUCAGCUGCACCACCAACAAGUCCCCGCCGCUGGCGCUGCCCCCUUACCUGCAGACCACCCGGGCCGCCAUGGUCCUGUCCUGCGUGCUGGCCGCCUUCGGUCUGUGCUUGGCCUCUCUUGGGCUCCGCUGCACCCGUUGGGGAGGCGGCCAACGAGCCAAGGGGCGCACGGCCGUGACGGCGGGGGGCUGCUUCGUCCUGGCCGCCGCCUUGUGCCUGGGCCCCGCGUCCUGGUUCACGUCCGAGGUCGUGGCCGCCUUCAUGAGCGCCCGGCAAGCCGACGGUAGCAAAUACCAGCCCGGCGGGGCGCUCUGCGUCACCUUCGUCUCCGCCGGCUUCCUCUUGGCGGCAGGCGUCAUCUUUUGCUUGUCCUGUCCGGGGUCGGCCUCGCAGGACUACCCGACCCCCACGGAGAUGGCGCCGACCCGGGCGGAGAGGUGGCGUCCGCAAAGGGUCGGCAGGGAAAAAUCUCCCGUCGCCUCCGAGCGGGAUGUGAAGGACAGUUACAGCCGGCAGGAAUACGUCUGA